AUGGACGCAAUGGAGGGUAGUUCCAAGUUUGCCUACAACCGUCCACCAACUCGAGCGACCGCAAGUGCGUCCCCUGAAUCGAGGACCCGGCCCAUGUCGGCCGCGUUUCCAGCCCGUCCCGGCUCAGCUGCCUCGUCCGCUUCUGGACAGCUCGUCGAUGAAGGCGGCGGUCGAUCUUCCCCUUCGGGUAGCACCGACGAUGGGGGUCGUCUACGGCACAAAACCUCAUCGAGAUCAUUACGAUCACUCGUCAGCAAUGCGAGUGCAAGGGAUAGGGCCCACACGAGUGGCUCGACCAAGUCAAGUACGUCGCGUCGCGUGCCGCCGCCCGUCGAUGUCCGAAGCGACUCGUCGAACCGCGCUUCGGUGGCGCUCGACGACGACUUGACCCCUUCUAUGGCCCAGGGCGAGUGGGCCUUUGCCUCGCGAGUGUCGUCUCGGAGUCUUCAACGGGAUGGAAGCCUCCUGGUACCGACGAUGCAACCUAUGCAACCUAGACCUAGCUCUCCGUCGAGUGCGUCCAUCGCCACGACCUCUUCGUCGACUUCGGGAGGACCUUCGAGUCCGGCUCGAUUGAUGCCGAGAUCUCCUAUGAGCGACCGCGACCCCCUCGACGACUUCCACUUUCUCAAACAAAUGGGUAUUACAGACGAUCAUCCGAGCAUGCACUUGACUCGGAAACGGACCGACUCGCCCGUGCCUUCAACUGGCAACCACCCCGACAGCCCUUCCACGCCAUCGAGCCUUCGGAGCGAGCGCUUACGAGAGGAGAUUCAACGCACCGCCGAACGGUAUCGCUGGCUCGGUGUCUCAUCGGAACGAGUUGGUGCGGAUGGGACUGCGAAUUUGGGUAGCGCCGCGACCGGGGGUCGGGACUUGGGUUCGACAUCGAGUCUGCCGCUUUACCCCGGAGCGCCUCCGCCCCUCCUUGGUUCGAGUAGUGGUGGAAGGAGGAUGUCUUCCGACACCCAAAACUCGCCGUCGCUCGGCGCGAGUAGUAACUCGGUCAGCCACGUGCGGUCAUCGAGUACGGACAUGCCGGCCUCGCUACGAGGCGUGUUCCAUACUUCACCAUUUAUAUCGGCCUCGGCUUCGGCAGCGGCGAGGCCCACGCCAUCCAGCGCGUCUGCGUUCGCCGGUCGCACCAAUCUCGACAACACAUCCAGUUCCAUCACCCCCAAUGGAAUGCCAUCCCUACCCACCACAAAGUCGAGCAACCCCAAACCUCGACCACGCGAGUUGCGCGAAUGGAAUCAGGUAUGCCUGUUCUGGCAGCGCGAAAAAGCGAGCAGCGGCGUGUCAACCGUCGCCGGCGUCUUCAACAAGGCUAACAAGUUCGGCGACGUGCCCGCGGCGAUGAAGCGCAAAAUUACCAAACGCGAUUCGUCGCAAUUGCUCAGUCCGGCCGAGGCGGUCAUGUUUGGAUAUGACGAUCGGAGCAAAGAUCGAGAUCGGGAUAAGGAGAAGGAGAAGAAGGAGAAGGAUAGAGAGAAGGAAAAGAUCAGGAGUUUUGCAAAUGGUGUUGACGUGGGCAAAAAGGACGGGUCGUGGAAGAAGGUCACGGCGCUGUUGAAAGAGGAUGGGACGUUUCGGAUACUGGGCGAGGUACGUGCUGUUGCCAUCUGUCUGCAGCAGGGAGCCUGAAUUCUUUGCUCACGGUCGCAACGUGUGUGCACAGGACAAGACCGUCAUACGGACUGUCAAUCUUGGAACAACGCCUCGAAGCGAUGUUCGGCUUGUCGAUCCCUCACUGUUUGGGGCCUCGAACUGCGUCUCGAUUCGCAUGCAGUCGACCCUCACCCCGUUCCCGCCUUCGCCGUCCGGCAUGAGCCAUUCGAGCUCCUCGCUCGGCCUAGGGCUGUUGUCUUCGUCAUCCUCGUUCUCUUCGAGCCGGCUCGGAGGGACGAACAUGUCAGCUGAUGCUGAAACGCUCUACCUGCGGAUGCCAUCCAUCGUCGCUACUCAGAUUUGGUUCGGCAUGGCCCAUUGCUGCGCAAUGCCUGAUGUUGUUCAAGGCAAUACGCUCGAUUCGACGUACGGAUCUUGCGGUGGGCUGGGUAUCGAAGAAGGCGUUGCAGGCGGGAAUAUGGGGUCCGAGGUAGAUGGCGCUGGUGAUAGGAACGAAGGGGGUUUCCGCGUCUUCCGCAGCUUAUCGCUCACCAUCUGUGAGGGGCGGUCGAUAGGGGAACCUGGGACGGAGAAACUGCGAGCGACGCCGGGUAUCGAGCACGAUACCUCCUUGUCCGAGAUGUUCUCUGGGUCCGAAUCGACGACCUCCCCGAUCAAGGGUAGUGCAUCCUCCACGGCCAGCUCGAUUCAACGGAUACCGGGCCGGACGGGUCAAGGAUGGCAUGAGAGUAACAAGGACGCGGACAGCUCGCCCGACACGUAUUGCGAGAUCAUCAUCAAUGAUGAGGUCAUGGCUAAGACGACGCUGCGCAAGGGAACUGCAUCACCGUUUUGGAACGAGACGUUUACUUUCGAGUGAGUUUGUGGAAACGGUGUGUUCUGAUUGAGAUGGUUGUUCUGGUCACUGACCCGUUUCGGUGUGUUGCAGACAUCUGGCGGGUUUCGUCGAGCCCAUCACGAUUCGGGUUUUCCAGACACACAAGCACUCCAAGACGAGCCUCGUCGGGAUUGCCACGGUUCGGAUUGCCAACCUUCCCCGCGGCGAGUCAAUCGAGAAUUGGUGGUGUCUUAAGCCGAUCAGUUCCGACUCGCGCACCCGAUCCUACGACACCGUUGGCGAGCUGAGCUUGAGCAUUCGGGUUGGCGAGGAAGUGAUCCUCCCCAGCAGCGGAUACGGGGAGAUCCUUAACCUAUUGAAGGAAGACGAAGCGGCCGAGCUCGUGACCGAUAUCGCUUCCGAGUUCCCAACCGAGCUCGAAGAGAUCGCCAAAAUCAUGCUCAACAUUUACAUCUCGCAAGAUCUGCUGCUACCGCGGAUCUUCAAGCUCGCCGAUCUCGAAGUAGAGAAGGGUGCACAGUCCGCGGCGAUUCUCUUCCGCGGAAAUUCGAUCCUGACCAAGGUGAUCGAGAUGUACAUGCGCAAGAUUGGGGUCGACUAUCUCGAGGCUUCCAUCGGAGAACCGAUUCGGAAGCUUUAUGGCGACAAGGUUGAGAUUGAGAUUGAUCCGAGUCGACUCAAGCCGGGGACGAAGGAGAAGGAGAUUCAGGCCAACAUCAAUGAGUUGUUGCAGUGGGCGAUGACCACGUGGAACUCGAUUUAUGAGGCGAGGGAGCGGUGUCCGCAGUAAGUCACGUUUAUGUUGUCAAGUGUGGGAGGAUCGCGAGGUGGUACUGACAUGCGGGGAAUAUUGGAACAGGGAUCUGCGGCAAAUCUUCUCUCACAUUCAAAAGAUUGUGGGCGAACGGUACGGCGAAGAUCACAAGAACACGCGCUGGACCUCCGUCAGUGCCUUCAUCUUCUUGCGCUUCUUCGUGCCGGCCAUUCUCAAUCCGCGGCUGUUUGGCCUCGUGUCGGCUGCACCGGAUCCGAAGUCGCAGCGCACGCUCACCCUCGUCGCCAAGACAUUGCAAGGGCUGGCCAACUUUUCGUCGUUCGGACAGAAAGAACCUUGGAUGCUGCCGGUGAACACGUUCGUGCAGGACAACACGUCGGCGUUUGUCGAUUUCAUCGAGCACAUUUCGCGGCACUCGGCUUUGGAUCCAGCCGUGGCGAAGCAGGAGUGGACGUCGGCAGCUGCAUCGGUCUAUGCUACACCCAACGACUUGCGUGAUGCGCUCUCGCCUUUGGCUCGCGAUGGGGUCCCGACCUUGCCUCAUCUGAUCGAUUUGCCGCGCAAUCUCGGGCUACUCGCGUCGAACGUGAACCGAAUCAUCAUCGAAAAGGCGCACUCACCGGGCGGUGAGAAUGGCAAAAGUGCUGCUCCGUCGGUCGCGUCUCGAGGACCUGUGCGCUCGCCAGGUUUCUCGACCUUCAUCGAAGCCUGCGCCGAUGUCUGCGAUGCGGCUAGGCGGCGUGGUACAGGGAAGAUCUGGCCCAUCCAGGGAAUGCUACCCAUCGUCAAGCCUGACUUCCAGACGAGGGCGCAGCCGACGAUCGUCCAGGUCGCCGCCGCCGCCGCGCCGUCGUCGUUCGUGUCGGCUCCGUUCGCCCAUGACUCGGGUCCACGACCGAGCACGAACCGGAUCGAACGAUCGCAGACGCUGUCUUCCACCCCUCCGCCGCGCUCGAACUCGAACGGAGCAACUCGAUCUCUUUCCGGCGCAGAGGCAGAGGAUGCUGAUGGCCCUGCUGAGAUCCACAUCCGCGCCAAGACCAAGCCGCUGGUACACUCCCCGAGUGGCUCAAUCGCGUCGCGCCGCAGUACUCGAAGCAACACAUUCUCGGGUGAAUCACCGCGCGCAGGAAUGACGGCGGGUACGGUCUUCAAUGCGCACGACGGCUACACGGCGGCCGAGCUGAGCUUUGCUCGAUCGCACGGGAUCGUCGUCGCCGAUAGCCCUUUCGCGGACGUACCCAGCAGAACGAACGAGAAGAGUCCUCGACUUGAUUCGGCGGAGAACGACGUGUUUGGUGGUCCCCAAUCUAGUCGAGGGCCACCGGUCACGUUUGCUCGCCGGCAUCGGCACUCGUCCUCGGUCGAAGGCGGGUCGAUGCCGCCCCAUGCCGAGCUCGACGAGCGCGAACCACCGCCGCCGAGUGCGAGCACGAGUUUUGCAGGGUUCGUACCCAUCGAGGAUUAUGAGGACUCGUCGCGAGCUAUGGCGGAUGAUAUCCUCGAUUCGUACGCCUUCCCCGCUCGCACUCCCCUGGCUGCGGUGUUCCCCACAGCUGGGGAGGAGUCGAAUCACGCACUAACCGAAUCGGCGACCCUGUCAAUCCGAGCCGUUGAAACGUCGUCCCUCGAUCACACGCCCACCUCGGCAUCGUCGUCGUCUCCAAGCGUCACCAGCGAGCACCCCGUGGACGAUACCUCGUCGUUAUUCUCCGUCGGAGCCGCGAACGAACGUGGGGGAGAGAUGACCCCUCAAAUGAGACGAGGCUCGAUGCAAUACAGCUCGUCAAGCAAGGACUCGUCGUCUUCCCCCUUCUCAUUCGGCAAGUCCGUCCCCAUGGCGCAAUCUUUGUCGGCGCAUUCAAACGCCUCCACAACGAGCGAUACGUCGAACGUCUCGGAUUCGAAAGGAAGUAGUGCCGGUCGAAGAGGCUCGCUCAAUCUCGAUAAGGUGAUUGGCGAGAGUCGAGCGGGACAGAGGAGGAAGAAGGGUUUGUGGGGUCUCGGUGCUUCAUUGUCGAGUUCGUCGAGGAGUUCAAAGAGUUCGACGGCAUCAUGA